CUCUGCUGGAAGAGACUGGACUUCGGUGGCAAAUGCUGUCCGCUGGCAGGAGACGGCGGACAAUGGUGGCUAUGCAUACCGGCCGGUCAAUGCCGGUGGCGGACACAAGGGUCCGGGAGUCAGAGACGAGAAUUUCUUGAUCUCAUCUCAUCCAUUUCCGAUGACUACUCUCAAAGGGCCUGUCGACAUGAGCCGUCGAAAGGCCGAGCUCAUGGACAUUGCUUCGGGACUGGGACUCAGCACAGUCGGCAACAAAAAGACUCUCAUCCAGCAAAUUACAGAAUAUCUCGGUAAUCACGACGACCUGUGUCUCGACCCGAAAUUUCAGGGUCUCUUCGCCUACAGGCCGGACACGAAGAUCGCGUCAGGCGGUCGUUCGCAAACAAAGCAGGGAAGCAAGACUAGUGCCGACAAGGUCAACGAAGAUGAUACAGCAGCCCAAGCUAGUCAGGAGAAAACGGCCACUGGGUCAGUGCCAUACAAAUACGUCACAUACGAGUCUGCUCACCGUCUCGUCAGGGCUGGGAAGACCCUGCAAUCCCUGCAGAUCUCCACAGAUCCGCCGCCCCGGUUCACUCGUCUCCAGUCGGGUACAUCUAAAAUAGGAGGGAAUUCGGGAGGCGGCCCUGCAGUAAUUCGGCUAGCAAACGAGGCCGCCAUAUCCACGCGGGACGACUCGUCCCUGUCGCCCAUGUCAAGCCCUGCUGUACUGCCACAAGACAUAGGGAGCGAGCCUGAGGGCGGUGACAUCAGCGCUGUUGAAGUAGAAGAGCUCGCGCCCACGGACAUACAGCCCGCCGACCUGCCGCAUACACCUCCUAAGUGGCCGGUUGGCUUACCGUCGACAGUGGACAAUAUAGGUCCUAAACAGGAUAUUGUUGUUGCAUUUCACCGGACUUCUGGAGAUGCUGUACAGUCGACUCUCGAAGUGUGUGUGAAAGAGGGCCGAGGAAUAUCACUUGUGCGAUCACAGGCCGCUGACGGCACGACGUUGUACACUGCCCGAUUAUCGGAGCUCCUUCCCGCAGCUAUCAAUCAGGCGAGUCCUGUCAAAGCUGCUGGUGGGCGCCUGUAUCGGGCAGGUUUCAGCACCGAGAGCAGCAAGGUCUCGCUUGGAUCUGUCAAGAGUGUCGUAGAGGGCAACGGCCAUCAGUUCGAAUACAACCGAGUCGAUCUAUACAAAUUGCAACGCACCACAGACGGCGACUCACUCCUCUGCAAUGUAUACCUGGAUGGUACUACUGUCGUAGGGCAAGAUAGCAAGGAUCAUGCUUCGAGCGCCAUGCAAGCGGACAAGAUAGCUGCACUUGACAUCCCGGCAUCGCUACAGAAGGAUGCUCAUCCUGCUCCAGACAUGGUCAGCCGCACACAAAACACAAGUGGUACAGACAAGGACUUCUUGGGCUACCUUCGUGAGCUUUUGGAUGCUCCAUCCAAGCCAUGGCCUCGCGCAAACUCGAUUGGCGUGAUAUUGAAGCGCCGGCUUGCUGUGAUUCAUGCGAUGGAAACUCUGGACAGUCGUGGAUGGUCGCAAUCGACAGGAGGCUAUGUAGUUGCAGAUGACGAAGAUACUCCCUUUGCUGGGCGCAAGUUCACCAAACAGACAGUGUACGAGGCAUUGCACAUAAAGCAUUCAAACGCCUCCGACGACGCACGGCUCUUCGCAGCCCAGGAUUUGAAGAAGUUGUCUCGUGUCCGAGCAUGGAUGGCAGAUCCUGAAGGAAAGUACAGCAACGACUUUAGUGACAUGACUGUUGCCGAGUUUAAGAGGUAUAAGGAGAAGGCACUCACCCAGAAGAUGUCGGUCGAGAAGGAAGAGUAUCGAAAGGACCAGAAGGGAAAGAAGCGAGCAGAUCGCUCUGAUUCGGAGGGAGAGAGUAGUGGAUACUUACGUCACGAGCCAAAGCGCACUAGAAAGUCUAUAGGGAUGGACUCCAGCGACCUAGAUGUCUAGUAGCUUAGAUACUCUUGCAUUGCUACGCACGUCUGCGCCCGUGAGAGCUCGACGUGCAGACAGCUUACAAGGCUCGUCU